AGCUCCUAGCAACAAACUUGAAUUACAACGAUUCAACACUGGGCAUUCUUUAUGUGCCAUUAACCACCUGUAACUACUACCGACCACCUUAACACUCGCAGUACUUCAUAGGUGCAAUCUUUUAUUCUCCCACGCAAACACAACCCUCUUCCCCUCUCUCAAUCGCGUCUGAGAUGAAGUACCGACGUCCAAAAUGCAAUGCUAUACAGAGCUGACGCCUCCCACGGCUGUCACACAUUCCCUAACCUUACCCUUCGUCUCGGCGCAAAGCAGUAAUCUCGUUGUCGCAAAGGCAUCCCUUCUCCAGAUCUUCACCACCAAAUCAGUAUCCGCCGAACUUGACAAGGCUCAGAAUGCCAACUUACAAUCCUACCGAUCUACUGAGAAUUAUGACUCUAGAGUAAACGACGAUGACGGCCUCGAAGCUUCCUUCCUCGGCGGCGACUCUGUCCCCGUCCGGUCUGACCGUUCCAACUAUACCAAGUUGGUACUUAUCGCUGAGUUCCCGCUCGCUGGAACUAUCACGGGGCUUGCGCGCAUCAACACGAAGACAACCGCUUCCGGUGGAGAGGCUCUUUUGUUGUCUCUCAAGGAUGCGAAGCUGAGCAUGAUCGAGUGGGAUCCCGAGAAACAUUCAAUCAACACCACUUCCAUACACUAUUACGAGCAAGAGGAUCUUCAAGGAAGUCCAUGGGCAGCAUCAUUGAGCCAUUAUGCCAAUUUUCUGGCAGCAGACCCAGGUAGUCGUUGUGCCGCCUUGAAGUUUGGAGCGCGAAGUCUCGCCAUCCUUCAAUUCAAGACCACCGAGGAAGAUAUAGACAUGGAUGACUGGGAUGAGGAAUUGGAUGGUCCACGGCCGGUGAAGGAACAUACCACCGCGCUCGCGAAUGGAACUAGCAGCAAUGAAGAAACACCAUAUUCAAGCUCAUUUGUCCUUCGACUACCUAAUCUUGACCCUAGCCUCAUCCAUCCUGUGCACCUUGCCUUCCUCCAUGAGUAUAGAGAGCCAACAUUUGGCAUCCUGUCUUCAACUACUUCUCCCUCCCUAGUGCUUGGUCGAAAAGACCAGUUGACCUAUAUGGUAUUUACCCUGGAUAUCCAACAGAAGGCUUCCACAACUAUUCUGUCAGUGACCGGACUCCCACAAGACCUGUUUCGAGUCAUUGCUCUGCCGGCGCCAGUCGGUGGCGCAUUGCUGCUUGGCACAAAUGAACUCAUACAUAUCGACCAAUCCGGAAAAUCGCAUGGUGUAGGUAUCAACCAAUUUGCGAAGCAAUCUACCUCGUUUAGUCUGGUUGAUCAGUCUGAUCUCGAACUGCGGUUAGAAGGUUGUGAAAUCGAAGCCUUGUCUGCAGAGAAUGGCGAGUUCUUAGUGAUCCUUAGUGACGGUCGCCUGGCCUUGAUCAUGUUCAAGGUUGACGGUAGGAUAGUAUCCGGGUUCAGUCUUAGACUAAUAUCGCCAGAAGCUGGUGGAUCGAUCAUACCAACCGGUGUAACAACCUUGAGCAAAUUGAACAAGACCUGCCUCUUCGCAGGCAGUGAAGACGCAGAUUCCUUGGUUAUUGGCUGGACACGAAAACAAAACCAGUUCGGAAGGAGGAAGUCCCGCUUACAAGACCCUUCCCUUGAUCUUGAUAUAGACGAUGAGGAUAUGGAGGACAUGGAUGAUGAUGAUGACCUCUACGGUGAAGAGCCCGCGCCUACCAAGCAAACCUCCCCUAGUGCUCCGAAUAGCAAAUCCGGAGAGCUCGUCUUCCGCAUACAUGAUCGCCUUGUCAGCAUAGCCCCCAUUAAAGAUUUCGCGCUUGGAAAGGCAACCUCCUCUGAUAAUGAGGAGGAGAAUCAAGUGGGCGUUGAAAGCAGUCUAAGCUUCGUGUGUGCAUGUGGUCGAGGUAAUGCGGGCUCUGUAGCUAUUAUCAAUCGAGAGAUACAGCCAAAGGUUAUUGGCCGUUUUGAGUUCCCAGAAGCACGAGGCUUUUGGACUAUGGCUGCUCAAAAACCGAUACCAAAGGCAUUGCAAGGAGAAAAGGGGGCUACGUCCAUGGGUACAGACUAUGACACAUCGGCGCUAUAUGAUCGCUUCAUGAUUGUUCCUAAGAUCGAUUUGGAUGGAUACGAAACAUCAGAUGUUUAUGUGUUGACGGGUGCGGGCUUUGAGGCUCUCACUGGAACGGAGUUUGAACCGGCUGCCGGAUUCACUAUUGAAGCUGGCACCAUGGGCAAUCACAUGAGAAUCAUCCAAGUUCUCAAGACUGCCGUCCACUGCUACGAUGGAGACUUCGGACUCAUCCAAAUCUUACCAAUGCUUGACGAGGAUACGGGCGCCGAACCUAGGGUUAAUUCGGCCAGCAUAGCUGAUCCGUUCAUCUUGUUAGUACGCGAUGAUGCCAGCAUUUUCAUCGCAAAGAUCUUCAAGAACCUGGAACUUGAAGAACUUGAAAAGGACGACCCAGUACUCACUUCCACAAAGUGGGCCACCGGCUGUUUAUACGAAGAUAAAACCGGUAUAUUUUCCGGCUCCAAUACCGACAAAGGGACCAAGUCUGGCGAAAACAUUGUGAUGUUCUUACUCAGCAAGGCUGGAGCGCUUCAUGUGUAUGCUUUGCCAGAUCUUUCAAAAUCGGUGUACGUUGCUGAAGGAUUACCCUUCGUACCUCCAAUCCUCUCAGCAAACUAUGCAGCAAGACGAGGGACUGCCAAAGACAUGGUUAAAGAAAUUCUCGUAGCUGACCUUGGAGAUAUGACAUCUUCGUAUCCAUACUUGAUUGUUCGAAACGAGAAUGACGAUGUGACGAUUUAUCAGCCCUUCCGCAUAACUUCGUCCGACGCCCAAGAACUUUCUACAUCACUUCACUUCCAAAAACUGCCUAACCUGGUAGUAGCCGAUAAUCUAGAAGAAUCAUUUGACGACAAUGACAGCGAUGAUACCGAGACAAAACGGGAUCUUCCGAUGCGACGGUGUGAAAACAUUGGCGGAUACAUGACCGUCUUUCUUCCAGGCCACUCUCCGAGCUUCAUUCUACGAUCGUCAAAGACUCUGCCAAAGGUCCUUAGAUUACACGGUGACGGAGUCCGAGGGAUGAGUCCGUUCCACACCGAAGGCUGUGAACGUGGCUUCAUAUAUACAGACUUCAAAGGGGUUGCCCGGGUAUGCCAGAUACCAGUUCGCAAUACCACCUAUGCAGAAAUAGGCAUGACCCUCAAGAAAGUGCCUUUAAAUGCUGACAUACAUGCUAUUGCUCAUCAUGCACCAUCCGGCACCUUCGUAAUAGGUUGUGAUGCUCCAGAGCCGUUCGAGCUGCCGAAAGAGGACGAUUAUCAUAAAGAGUGGCAGCAGGAGAAGGACCUGACAUUCAAACCCACGGUUAUACGUGGGCAGAUCAAGUUAAUAAACCCGAGCAGCUGGACCGUGAUUGACACUAUCGAGAUGGAAUCUUGUGAAACGAUCAUGUGUGUUGAAACGGUCAACCUAGAAGUCUCAGAGUCAACGAAUGAGCGAAAGCAUCUGAUUGCUGUGGGUACCGCAGUAUCUCGUGGCGAAGACCUUCCUAUCCGGGGCCGAGUGCUCGUAUACGAUAUCGUUACGGUCAUCCCCGAACCAGGAAAACCGGAAACUAACAAGAAGCUAAAACUGAUAGCAAAUGAGGAUAUUCCUCGUGGUGCUGUCACAGCCCUGUCCGAGAUAGGUACCCAAGGUCUCAUGUUAGUUGCCCAGGGCCAAAAGUGCAUGGUUCGUGGUCUUAAGGAGGAUGGUACGCUCUUACCAGUCGCGUUCAUGGACAUGAGCUGUUAUGUAACAACUGUCCGAGAGUUGAAGGGGACGGGCCUCUGCCUCAUGGCAGAUGCAGUCAAAGGCGUGUGGUUCACAGGAUACACCGAAGAACCCUAUAGAAUGGUGCUUUUCGGCAAGAGCUCGACCAGACUAGAAGUGCUUACGGCAGACUUCCUCCCAGACGGGAAUGAGCUUUUGAUCGUAGCCUGUGAUUCGGAUGGAGGAAUCCAUAUCCUUCAAUUCGAUCCCGACCACCCCAAAUCGUUAGAAGGCCAUCUUCUCCUACACCGGACCACCUUUUCCGCCGGUGCGCAUCCCCCAACCCGCAGUAUGCUGCUUCCUCGCACAUUGCCACCCGACUCGGACUAUAUCGCUCAUCUAAACGGCGCCGCAAACGAAGAUCCGGACUCUACCCCAGCGCCACCAUCCCACCUCCUAUUCGCCUCAACUACCGGCGCCCUCGCAACCCUAGCACCGCUCUCCGAGCCUCAAUACCGCCGGCUCUCCUUCCUCACAGGCCAGAUCGUGUCCUCGCUCCCGCACUACGCAAGUCUCAACCCGAAAGACUACCGCGCCCCCGUCUCCACCGGCGCCGUCGGCCGCUUCCCCCCUGGAGUAGACGCCGGCAUGGGCCGUAGCAUCGUUGAUGGAGCAAUACUCGCGCGAUGGAACGAGUUGGGCGCCGGACGACGCGCAGAGAUCGCCGGACGUGUUGGGUUUGCGGGCGCGGACGAGGUCAGAGAUGUGCUGAGGGAGGUCCUGGGUGCUAAUGGGCUCGCGUAUCUGUGAGCUUGAACUCCUGGAUAUCGUGUGAUGUCUGGUAGUUGUGAUGAUAUUCGAUUCCCCCUUGCUCGAAAUCUUAUGGUUGAAUGGAAAGAAUAUGAAAAAAAGUCGAAGACGAAAAGAAAAGGGGCAAAAGGAAAUAGCAAAUCAUCAACGGAACAAUAGUCGCCAGAUGAUUAUCGAAAUGCAUGAAUGGCUGCGGAUCUCUCAUCUUUCUCGACUCCUUCUCGGAGGAAUAGUUAGUUGCCUAACCCCCUACCUGCCCAAGCAUCUAUUAUCUAGGUAGACAAGUAGGCAACACGCAGAUUUCUCCGUGGGACAAACAGAUUUGGUCGGGGGAUUAAUUUCAGCAUUCAAACGAGCUAAGCAAAGAUGAUUGAUUCUUUUUUCGGUUGGCUUCGUUUUAGUUGCUUGGUUGGUUGCAUAGUUAUCAUAGUCAUGGGUGUUGCUCGGUAUUCGUUAUGAGAUUGGUGAUGGUGAUGGUGAUGGUGGUGGUCGGUGUAUGAAUAUUAUUAGCCCGGAAGAGAAAAGAAAAAAAGAAGUGCCUACCUAGGUACCUACCUACAUAGUAUCCAUGUGUCCUAUAUGUAGGAACUACUUGCCU